AUGGCAAGAAAGUGGCAGAAGCUAGCAGCAGACAGCAGAAGAAGGAUCUCCUGGCAGAGAACAAAAGUAGCCAAUAAGGGUCACUUUGUCAUCUACACAACAGAUGGAAGACGGUUCAUGAUUCCCUUGACGUAUCUCAAAAGUGAGAUACUCACAGAGCUCUUUAGAAUGGCAGAAGAAGAGUUCGGACUGUCAAGUGAUGGACCUAUCACAUUACCAUGUGAUUCAAUUUUCAUGGAACAUGCUAUUUCUAUUCUCCAAAGACAAGGAAAUGAAGAUUUAGAGAAAGCACUAAUUCUGUCUUUGGUUAGCUAUCACUCUUCAUUGUCAUUAUCAGAUUUAAAACAAGAGAACACCAAGCAGCAAUUACUUAUCUGUAGCUUCUAG